UAAUGCGAAAGCAUGUAUCUUUAUCAACAUCACCACUCUUUCGGAUUAGGAAUGGGAUUGGAAUGCUCUUCUCUCCUUUGUUCUUUCACAGAAACGCAUCAUCUCCAAUUCCAGACUUCCAUGGUGAAGAAGAAGAUGAAGAAGAAGAAGAAGUGUUGGACGUAUCUCACUGCGUCAUCCAAGACAAGGACCUUCUCCGAAAGAGCCAAAGCUCCGGACUUUACGUCUUGGACCUAAUCGACAAUGGUGCUCUUGAACCAGACCCAACCAUCUACACCAAGCUUCUCAACAAGUGUACCCACCUCGGGAAGCUUCGAGAAGGUCGGAUCGUCCAUACCCACUUCCGCCGAUCUCAAUUCAAUCACUACCUUGUCAUUCACAAUACCCUCCUCAAUAUGUAUGGUAAAUGUGGCAGUCCCGACGACGCACGCCAAAUGUUCGAUGAAAUGCCCACAAAAGAUAUGGUCUCUUGGACUGCCUUAAUCACUGCCUAUUCGCAGAACGAUAGACCCAUUGAUGCUCUUGUUUUGUUCCCUCAAAUGCUUCGUUUGGGUUUCAAGCCCAACCAGUUUACAUUCUCUAGUAUUCUCAAGGCUGCUGGGGCUGUGCCUAAUGACAGGGAUGGCAAGCAAGUUCAUGGGUUUGUUGUUAAUUAUGGUUUUGAUUCAAAUGUUUAUGUGGGUAGUUCUCUAGUGGACAUGUAUGCUAGGUUCAACUUAAUGGAUGAAGCCUGGUUUGUUUUCGAUAGUUUGCUGAGCAAGAAUGAGGUUUCUUACAAUGCUCUGAUUGCUGGGCAUGCGAGGAAGGGUGAGGGAGAGCAUGCCAUUCGUUUGUUUUGGAAGAUGCAAAGAGAGGAUUUUAGACCUACCCAUUAUACCUAUUCUAGUGUUUUCACCGCUUGUGCUAGUAUUGGAGCUUUGGAGCAAGGGAAAUGGGUUCAUGCACAUAUGAUGAAGUCUGGCCAACAGCUUGUUGCUUUUGUAGGCAACACUAUUCUUGACAUGUAUGCUAAAUCAGGUAGCAUUGAGGAUGCGAAAAAAGUUUUCAAUAGAUUGGUUAGACGAGAUGUUGUUUCGUGGAAUUCGAUGCUUACUGCUUGUGCCCAACAUGGACUUGGGAAGGAAGCUGUCAGAUGCUUUGAGGAAAUGCUUAGGACCGGAAUUGAACCUAAUGCGAUUACCUUCCUAUGUAUUCUCACUGCUUGUAGCCAUGCUGGGUUAUUGGACAAAGGACAGUAUUACUUUGAAUUAAUGAAGAAGUAUGAGAUAGAACCAGAGGUUUCACAUUAUGUCACGAUUGUUGAUCUACUUGGUCGAGCUGGUCAUCUUGAUCGUGCUGCUAAACUGACGCAGAAACUUUAUAAUACAAUGAAUAAAUUACAACUACAAGUUUUCGCUGUCAUAAGGAUUUUAUUUCCAUAAAAAAGGACAAGAUUAGAUUGAAAAUAAACAUAUGAACCAACCUGAAUUCAGACCCGCUGAGAGUACUCCAGAUGCCACUGAAUUAGCAACAGCGUCAUAGUGGGAAGUAUCACCUCUUAU